UUACUUCAGGCCCAGGAGUGUCCAUCCGUUGAUCUCAUUUGGAAGAUCUCUUCAUCGCUUUUGAUUAAAAAGUUGUUGCCAUCACUUCUCAACUAUUUAUCUCCAGUUGUUUCAACUGACACCAAGAGUGCAAUACAAAUAUUAUCAACAAUCAGACAAUUAGUGCCAUUAGUUGUGUUUCUAAACAAAUCUAACGACUUCUGUGCAAUCAAUCAAUCAUCUCCUUUACCGCCAUCGAGUCCACCGAUAACAACAUCAAGACAUUAUGUGACUGUAGAGAGUGAUCAUCCGUAUAAGUCAGCGACUGUUUGCAAUUAUUUGGUUAAGUUUGCGCCGACAGUAAAGUGGAUGUGCAUAGAAUUUGACAGCCGAUGCGCGACCGCUCAACCGGAAGAUAUACUUCAGAUGUAUAUUCCUGAAUAUCGACUGACAAAGUGUUGGGAGUCAUCAAAAACUACAAAAUAUUACGAUAAUAACAAAAGCUUAUGGCCUGUGCUUAAAAAGUUUUCAGGAAAGUCUAGUAAUUGGCCGACAAAUUCAGUGGUAAUUCCAGGCAAUGAAAUGAUAUUUUCAUUGGAAACGGCAUCCGAUUACGUGAAAGAAGAUAAAAGUCUUUACUAUGGAUUUAGAGCUCAAGUGAUUGGUUACGAAAAUCCGUUAACUGAAGGCUUAUAUUUAGGUCUACAGUAUUUGGAACAGGAGUUGACUUAUUUGUCCGGUAUUUGUAUUAAAACACUUUUGAAGAAAAAUCUCAUUUUCCCACAAAAUCCGAUUGAAUCGGAAGUCAAAUACGAAUCAAUUCUACAGACAUUUGAAGCGCAUUCAAGUUUGUUAAGCAAAGGUUUAGCACUUUCACGAACUAUGACCGCCACUGAAGCUAUCGAUGAUGUCAUACCUGUCGCUAAUGAACAUCCGUUUCUCAAAGAUUUUAUUUGUUUAACUCCCGGUACUUCCGGCGCCCGACUCGCCAAAUGGUUUCAAAGCGAAUCGUUUGUUGAUCCAAAUCAAUGUGAAGUGCACUGUAGUUGUGGUACAGAUCAGGAACUGCAAUGCGGUUGGCCUACUGUUAUCACUGUCAUCACUCGUGACCAAUACGGACAUAUAAUAUUAUGACUGGAAUCAGGAAAAGGCUGUCUCGUCAACGGCCUAUUCACGUGAAUAACUCA